AUGGAUGCUUUUAGCGAUUCAGGUGAGCUUUACACCAUUAGAAACCAAUUCUAUACCAACCAACAUAAUAAGGUUAGAGGGUAUUCUUUAGACCAGUUUUCCAGUGAAAAUCAAUUGAAAGUUUUAGAAUAUCAAAUCAGAUCCAGUAUUGCAUUAGAACAAGAUGCUUCGAAAUUAAUUGAUGAAGGAAAAGUUAAAUUUGCAGAUAAUGAACAAUUGUUUCAAUUAUUAAGUGCUUGGAAUGAUUUGAAGUCAUUUGGAACCGAUGAUUCAACAUACUUUGAUGAUAUUAAGAAAGCCGAAUUUGAAUUACAAGCAGUUUUAACAUCUAUAUACCUAGUUAGACAAGAAAAGGAUAUUGAUCAAGCAAUUAACUUGUUAGUUGAAUAUAUUGAUUCUAAGGGUAACUUUGACGAAUUAGAGCCUUACUUGGUAUUGAUUCAAUUAUACUUAUCAAAGGGAAAUUUCACAUCUGCUAAUAAGAUUUUCAAUGAUUUCCAAAAAUUCCCAGAUCACACUAGAGAUAGUAUCAUUUACCAAGUCUUAGAAAGUUGGAUAUAUUCCCUUAAAGGUGAAACUGAUAAUAUAAAUAAUUCUUAUUAUUUUUAUGAUGAAUUAUUAUCAACCGAUUUUGAUGAUGAUAAUCAAGGUCAUUUCAAGAUUUUAAAUGUUUUAUUUGUUUUAACAUUAAAGUUAAAGCAUUAUCCUGAAGCUAAAGAGUUGAUUCAAUCGAUCAAUGCAUUAAAUUUGAAAACACCAAACGGUGAUUUUAUUGCCAAUCAAAUCACUUUAGAUUACUUGGAUAAUGAUGGGGCUAAUGUUGAUAAAUUGUUAGAAGAAUUGAAAACAGUUGAACCUGAACAUCAAUUAAUUGUUGAUUUGAACGAAAAAAAUGAUGCUUUUGAUGAAAUCGUUGGUAAAUAUAAAGUAAGUGCUUAA